AUGGCUCGUAAUUGUCCUGUUUACACAAGAACCCAGAAGCAGCAGAAGCUCACAGUCCGGCUUUGGCGUGAGAGAUCUCUGUCACUUUUAAGACUGGGCGCUUUUCUCAGCAGAAUGGAAGUAAAGGUGUAUGUGGACGGUGUUCCUCGCGUGGUCAGCGGCCUGACUGAGGAGACCUCGUGUCGAGAAGUGGUCACAGUGCUGGCUCAAGCUUUGGGCCAGCCUGGACGCUACAUGCUGCAGGAAAGAUUUAAAGACUUCCAGAGAUGCAUGUCAGCCACUGAAUGCGUGGUGGAGACUCUGAAGAAGUACGGGGAGCAGGCGAGAGAGGUGCAGCUGUCAUUGCUGCACAGUGGACCGUCCGUUUGGGACGAGAUGAGCCGAGCGAACGUCGGCAGACAUCAGGCCUUUCCUCCUCUGAGGCGGAAAGAAGCUGGAGCCAGAGUGCGUCGGGGCAGCAGCUCCAUCAGUCUGCAUCGGCGGAGCUUACCGCCUUUGACCGACUCCAGACCAGAAACAUCGCAGGAGCUGAAGAAGCCCAAAAGAAAGUCACUGACGUUUAUGGAGGAGGCCUGGGGCUGGCUGGAGAGCCUGGGGAAAACCAGAGUUUACAGCACGGACCCUGAGAAGCAAAGGAAGAGGAGCGAGAGGAAGAACAGAAGCUCUCUGGAAAGCUUCCUUGAAGAUCCUUCAGAACAAGUCAGAGGUCAAAAAAACCCCAAGUCGGACCUGGAUCUACAAACUUCCUGCUGCAUGGGAAGUCAGGCGAGGAUGAAAGAGGAGAAACAGCUCAUGAUCGAAGAGUCACGUCAAGAUCUCAGUCGUUCUAACAGUGAGCUGAACAAUCUCAGGGAUACCAUCGUUCAUCAGCUGGCUUACAUACAGGCUCAGCAGCUCCAGAUAGCAAGAGUGGACAAAGAUAUUUCUCAGCUUGAGAGACGACAAGAGGCAAGAAGAUGUGAACAGGAAGCGCAGCAGAUGAUAGAAGAUGAGUUGGAACAGAUCAGGUAUUGGCAGAACGAGUUGAAGGCAGAAGAGAAUUUUGAGCAAGAGCUAAAACAUCAAUUCUUUGAGUUGAAGUCGAGAGCCGCUCAGUGCAAGGCGCUGCUAGAGGAGUACAGACUACAGAUGCACAGCCUCGAGGCUUCCGCAGCUCAAGAGGCUGUUUCUGCAGCUUGUUCUGAGCCAGAUAAUCCACAAGGAUCUGAUGAGCAUCAGGGCGCAAACAUCGACAGGAAGUCGCCGCCCAGGGAGACUUGCACCGUCCCACCCUGCCAGAUAAGAGGGCGACGGCCCACCGGCCCCACCGAGCUCAGGGAGUGGUGGAAACGCUGGUCUGAAGCUCAAAGCUCCAGAACAGAGAUGAAGAAGAAGGUGAUUCACCGAACAGAGCUCACAGUUUAUCUAGCAGGCAGCAAGGCCUGAGUCAUAUCUUUUUGUUUCUCUAUAUUGUCAAACACGUCUGUAUGUGUCUGAAAAUAAAUAGUUCAUGAGCG